AUGUUUUUGACUGGAUCUUUCCGUGUAACCGGCUUCAGCGGUCCAGAUCCAGAGCAAGAGCGCGAUCCUCCAGCAAAAGCAACGAAACUGACCUUCCCCAUCCACGAGCCACGGACAGGACAACAAGAAUGGACUCACGAGUCGCCACCGCCCAAGUUCCAAGCGCUAUUCGCCCGCAUUCUCAGACCCACGGACAUAUCCGACAAACACUUCCAAGCUCUGAACAUCACGACCUCGCCACCAUGUUCCGUCGAAGAUAUGUUGCCAUCACAUGGGCCCCGUAGUCCGUACUUACUUCCCCUUUCGGAUGCAGACACCCCUGCCCAAACCGAAGAUCUAAAUUUGGAUCCAGCGACUGCGCGAAGACGAAAAGAUUUCAACGAUAGAGUUGCGGAACUUCGAAUCGAUAAUGACCUGGCCUUUCGGACCAUUAGCAGAACUGUGGCGGAAGGCAUCAAGCCGCCUCGCAUUGCUCAUAUGCGGAGAUUUUGGGAGAGUGUCGAAAACAUGAGCCAGUUUUGGGACGCGAGUCUGGACCAAUACUACGAGACUACAGAAACUUCGGCAGAAGAAGGAGAAGAAGAGGGCAAAGGGGCAAAGCGUCUGAGGCUGGGGAGCGAGACAAAUAAAGACUUCAAACUGGUAGUUGAUGGGAAGGAAAUCGUUCCCUUUCCCAACGACAUACCCGCAGAUCCCCCUCAGCCCAGAAAGCGAUACAAAGGCCGACGCAUCGGCGCUGGAACAGACAUGCCCGACUCUUACCGCUCCGACACCGUGAGAGCGUUCGUCGAAGGCACCAUCUGGCCCUUCCGCACCUCCCUCGCACCCCCACGAAUCAUGCCCAUCGUGCAAUUCGGCAAGCUUAACCUGCCUGUGCGACAGACAGCCGCAGUCUACCAACUACCCAAUGACCGGACCAAGGCUCGACAAGGCUACUUGCGUGGUCCAAUUUUGAUUUUACAAGCGCGUCCUGAGCUCGGAUUCGAGAAAGAGAAUGGCGAGCAAGACGAGGAAAAGGCGCGGCUGGAUCUCAUGCGGGAGAUCGGCGGGCUGCUGCAUCUUGCUCAGGAGCGGCGGCGAGAGGCACAGGAGUACGUCAAGCCGGGCGAAGGGCAGUGGUGGACAACUGUACCGAGAUGGGGCGGCGGGCCUGGUGGGGAAGUGCAAAAUGAACUGGGCAAUAGUGAUAUUGUUGAUCUCGUGGAAGGGGUUCGGGAGGCGAGUCAAGAGGAUGAGGGGAAGAAGACGAGUGGGUCGCGAAAGUCGAAGAGGAAGGAGGGCAAUGCGAUUCUGUGGAAGGAAUUAAAAGCCGGCAAAGGGAACUGGGAUGCGAAGACGGAGUACGCGGCUAUCGGGCGGGAGCCGGAAUCUCCAUACGACGAGAUUUUUCUGGUGUCGUCGCUCAACCACCACGUGUCGAUUGUCAAGGCUAUCGUCCACAACGACUACUCCGACUGUCUGACUUCCGGCAAUCUCCCCGAUCCCCUGCCGCAAGAUCCGGAAUGGUGUCGGCCAAAGGUCCAGCGCACAGUAUGGUAUGAUCUCUUCGAUGUGGAGCAGCGGUUGGAGCUCUUUCGCGCGCUGUGGGGAAUCAUGUCUUAUAUGACUCGAUUCCAUGAGGUCUGA